GGGAGGGUGGAUGCACGCGCGCGGCCCCGCGCUGCAAAUUUCCACCGGGGAGGGAGAGUGGCUGGAUGCGGAGAGUUUGGAGUUGCUUGCCGCGGAGGGCAGGAAGGGGAGCAGGGCCGGGAAAGGGGGCUGGCGGGCGCUAUAUCUGGGAGUAAGUUUCCAGGAUCAGCAGAGCCUGCACGCUUGCACGCUACUCUGCUCGCCCCCCAUCUCACCCCCCAAGCGGAGUCUGGUCUUGUCGGAUUGCCCAUGCACUUGUUGCAGAAACAGCCAAGGCCCUGGCUCUGGCGGAUGCUGAAGGAGGAAGACAUGGAAGCAGGACAAUCCUGAACGAUUAAGCUUCUUAAUCCUGAAACAGAAGCAGGCCUCCUCUUCCCACCUGCCCAGCAGCAUGAGAGCAGCAUGACUGCCCGGCCGCAGGAGAAGCCCCCAGAGCCAGGCCCCCAACUCAACCAUCAGCUGCAGAGGUCAAGGUGUGCACGACAUCUCUGCCCCACGGUGGUGUUCGGUCCGUACCUCAGCCCCCGUGACGAUGUCAAGUCCCCCUCCCUGCACAUGAGUGGUACAGGCCCACAGGAACAUCUGGCUGCAGCCACGUUCACAGACAUGUCAGCCGUGGAAUAGUGUGGACACCUUCUCUCAGCUUCUCAGGGUUUCAGUCCUUUUGGGUUUUGUUUCAUUGACCUUUUUUUAUGGUUUUGUGGCUGGACGUUCCCAGCCAAGGCAGGCGCCAUGGGGGAUCAGCAACUCUAUAAGACCAAUCACGUGGCCCACGGUGGUGAGAACCUUUUCUACCAACAGCCACCGCUUGGCAUCCAUGGUGGGCUGAACCACAACUAUGGGAAUACAGUCACAGGGGCUGGAUUGGAGGCCCCCCAGGCGUCACCUCUCUCCCCCCACUUCCCUCAAGAUACUCGGGAUGGUCUAGGCUUGCCUGUUGGUUCCAAAAACCUGGGCCAAGUGGAUACCUCGAGGCAGGGAGGGUGGGGAGGUCACACUGGGCCUGGCAACCACGUCCAGCUACGCAGCAACCUGACCAACUCAAACAUGAUGUGGGGGACCCCGGCCCAGCCUGAGUCCGCCGAUGGCUACCAGUAUACCUACUCCCAGGCCAGUGAGAUCCGCACCCAGAAACUCACCAGCGGUGUCCUGCACAAGCUAGACUCCUUCACCCAGGUGUUCGCCAACCAAAACCUGCGAAUUCAAGUCAACAAUAUGGCCCAGGUGCUGCAUACGCAGUCGGCAGUGAUGGACGGGGCCCCUGACAGUGCCCUCCGCCAGUUGUUGUCCCAGAAGCCCAUGGAGUCCCCGGCGCCGGCUCUUCCUGCUCGCUACCAGCAGGUGCCCCAGCAGGCUCACCCUGCUUUCCCCGGCGGCCUGUCCAAACCAGCCCUGCAGGUGGGGCCGCACGCCGGCCAGGGGCACCUGUACUAUGACUACCAGCAGCCGCUGGCCCAGAUGCCGGUGCAGGGAGGACAGCCGCUGCAGGCCCCCCCGAUGCUGUCCCAGCACAUGCAGCAGAUGCAGCAGCAGCAGUAUUACCCGCCGCAGCCACAGCCACAGCAGGCAGGGCAGCAGCCUCUAUCCCUGCAGGAAAUGCAGCAGCAGCAGCAGCAGCAGAGCCGCCCGCAGCAGCCGCAGCAGCAGCAGCAGCAACAGCAGCUGCAGCUGCAGCAGCGGCAGGGUCCGAUGCAGAUACCUCAGUAUUACCAGCCCCAGCCCGUGAUGCAGCACUUGCAAGAACAGCCGCAGCAACAGCCGCCACAGAUGCACCUGCAGCCCCCCUCUUACCACAGGGACGCCCACCAGUACGGCCCGGAGCAGGCGCACGCCGUCCAGCUGAUCCAGCUGGGCUCCGUGCCCCAGUACUACUACCAGGAGCCCCAGCAGCCCUACGGCCACCACGUCUGCCAGCAGAGCCACCUGCCCCAGCACCAGCAGCGCGAGGACAGUCAGCCCAAGACGUACCCGAGCGACAGGCAGGCCCAGGCUGUGCUGAGCUCCCACGGUGACCUGGGGCCUCCCGACGCAGGAAUGGGAGACCCGGCAAGCUCGGACCUGAACCGGCUCGGCGGGGCCCUCCCCCACCGGCCGCUGCUGUCCCCCGGCGGGAUCCACCUCAACAACAUGGGGCCUCAGCACCAGCAGCUGUCUCCCAGUGCCCUGUGGCCCCAGAUGCACCUACCUGAUGGCAGAGCCCAGCCAGGGUCCCCGGAGUCAAGUGGCCAACCAAAAGGAGUGUUUGGGGAGCAGUUUGAUGCCAAGAACAAAUUGACAUGCUCCAUCUGCCUGAAGGAAUUCAAGAGCCUACCUGCCCUGAACGGCCACAUGCGGUCCCAUGGGGGAAUGAGAGCCUCCCCCAGCCUCAAACAGGAGGAAGGAGAGAAGGCCCUGCCGCCUCAGCCUCAGCCCCAGCCGCCACUGCCACCUCCGCCUCCGCCGCCACCGCAGCUCCCUCCCGAGGCAGAAAGCCUCACGCCUAUGGUCAUGCCCGUGUCUGUCCCUGUCAAGCUUCUCCCACCCAAGCCAGGCUCUCAGGGCUUCGCCAACAGCAUCGUUGCCGCCCCCUCCACCAGAGACAAGCCAGCCAGCUCGAUGUCGGACGACGAGAUGCCCGUGCUCGUGAGGAUGACCCUCUCUCCCCCACACUCACCCCAAGGGGCUGCCCCCCACCCGCCUGCUGAACUCCCCAAGAAGCAUCAGCCGGCCGUGGCCAAAGCCGAGGAGGCCCUCAAGAGCUUGCCGGACAAGAAAAAGUUCCGGCACCGGCCGGAGCCGCUCUUCAUCCCGCCACCGCCCUCCUACACCGCCAACUCCGCCGCCGCCUCCUCGUACUCGGGCGCCACCCUGUACCAGAGCCAGCUGCGCUCCCCCCGCGUCCUCGGGGACCACCUGCUGCUGGACCCCGCCCACGAGCUGCCCCCCUACACGCCCCCGCCCAUGCUGAGCCCGGUGCGCCAGGGCUCGGGGCUCUUCAGCAACGUCCUCAUCGCGGGCCACGGCCCCGGCGCGCACCCGCAGCUGCCCCUCACGCCCCUGACGCCCACGCCGCGGGUGCUGCUGUGCCGCUCCAACAGCAUUGAUGGCAGCAACAUGACAGUCACCCCAGGGCCUGGAGAGCAGACCAUUGAUGUUGAACCACGCAUCAACAUUGGCUUGAGGUUCCAAGCAGAGAUCCCAGAACUUCAGGAUGUCUCUGCCUUGGCUCAGGACACACACAAGGCCACACUAGUAUGGAAGCCCUGGCCAGAGCUCGAAAACCAUGACCUCCAGCAAAGAGUGGAGAAUCUCCUGAAUUUGUGCUGUUCAAGUGCGUUGCCUGGUGGAGGGACCAAUUCUGAAUUUGCUUUGCACUCUCUUUUCGAGGCCAAAGGUGAUGUGAUGGUUGCUCUGGAAAUGCUGCUGCUGAGGAAGCCAGUCAGGUUAAAAUGUCAUCCGUUAGCAAAUUACCACUAUGCCGGUUCGGACAAGUGGACCUCUCUAGAAAGAAAACUGUUUAAUAAAGCACUAGCCACUUACAGCAAAGACUUUAUUUUUGUACAGAAGAUGGUGAAGUCUAAGACGGUGGCUCAGUGUGUGGAGUACUACUAUACCUGGAAAAAGAUCAUGCGCUUGGGACGGAAGCACCGGACACGCCUUGCAGAAAUUGAUGAUUCUGUGACGAGUGAAGAAGAAGAGGAGUUAGAGGAGGAGGAGGAGGACCCGGAAGAAGAUAGGAAAUCCACAAGAGAAGAGGAGAGUGAGGUGCCCAAGUCUCCCGAGCCACCGCCAGGCCCCGCGCUGGCUCCCUCGGAGGGGCCACCCCUGCAGGCCCUUGGCCAGCCAUCCGGCUCCUUCAUCUGUGAGAUGCCCAACUGCGGGGCUGACUGUAGAUGUCAUGUCACUCCCUUUCUUCCCCAGGUGUUCAGUUCCCGACAGGCACUGAAUGGCCACGCCCGCAUCCAUGGUGGCACCAACCAGGUGACCAAAGCCCGGGGGGCCGUCCCCUCUGGGAAGCAGAAGCCUGGCAGUGCCCAGAGCGGGUACUGCUCAGUGAAGAGCUCCCCCUCUCACAGCACCACCAGCGGCGAGACAGACCCCACCACCAUCUUCCCCUGCAAGGAAUGUGGCAAAGUCUUCUUCAAGAUCAAAAGCCGAAAUGCGCACAUGAAAACACACAGGCAGCAGGAGGAACAGCAGAGGCAAAAGGCUCAGAAGGCAGCUUUUGCCGCCGAAAUGGCCGCCACCAUCGAGAGGACUACGGGGCCCGCAGGGGCACCGGGGCUGCUGCCCCUGGACCAGCUGAGCCUGAUCAAACCCAUCAAGGACGUGGACAUCCUCGAUGGCGACGUGGUCCAGCAGUUGGGAGGCGUCAUGGAAGAGGCCGAGGUCGUGGACACGGAUCUCCUCUUGGACGACCAAGAUUCGGUUUUACUUCAGGGUGAUGCCGAACUAUAAAAGCCCACUUGUCAGGCAGAGACAGCCAACACCCACGGCCUCCGUCUUCGUUAAUCAGGAAACCUGGACUCCCUGCUCGUUUUGUAACCAUUUUAAACUACCUGUUUAAAGAAGUGGUCGUUUCAUUCAGGUUUAGGAAAAAAAAAUUUUUUUUUCAGUUUCUUUUCCUUUUAUUUAAAAAAAUCAAUGUUUCUGUGGGAGGUUGGAGGGAAUAAAUAAUUGGCACAACUCUA